AUGAGUGAAGCAAUUCUUAACGGGGUAACCGUACAAGCAUUUGUAGAAGAUGAAGAAGCCUUUAAGAAAUGCAUAAAUGAAUAUUUCAAAGAUUUAGACGUUAAUGGAGAUGGAGUGUUAUCACGUUCCGAACUUCGCAAAGGAUUUGACAGCCUAUUAGCCGUUGGAAAUGAUGCGGGCAAUACCAAACAAGAAAUGAGUAGUCUUUAUGAUAUUGUUUUUGAGAAAUUCGAUUCUGAUCAUAGUGGCACCGUUGAUUUAGAAGAGUUUAGAUCGGAAAUGAAAGAGAUUAUGUUGGCUGUUGCUCGCGGAAUUGGUAAUUCUCCGAUUCAAGUUGCAUUGGGAAAUGAUAGUUUCCUCAUGAAAGCUGUCCAACAUGAAGCUUCCAAAACACAGUAA